AAUGGACGUAGGAAAAUUCACAAGCUCGAUCGAGCUAUUUCUACCUGUCGAUCGAUGCAAACGCAGCGACGUGGUCGCGUACACAGCUCUGUAAGCCCAGACACGGCGCAGGAGGGGAAUGAUGUGGGUUGGGGAUCUUUCCAAUCGACUUGGUCCUUGAAUCGAUUGAGAAACCGCAGGUAACGCUCGCACAAGGUUUAGGAUGGCGACGCGGCAAUGGCGACGCCAGGGUGCAGCGUUGCUCGUGCUCCUGGCGUGCGCUUGCCGAUCGGUGGGCUCGUUUUACACUGAGGACUUUGAGCAGUUCUUCGCAGGGAUCAACUCGUACUGUGACGCGAACAACACCACAACGGAUAUUGAUCAGCGACAUCGAAGACUCGCUGCGACGUCAAACUUGAGCUCGUUCCGAAGCGUGAUUGAGCAUGGCUUUCGCGGCCGAAGCAAUUCCGCGAUUGUGUCUGUGGCGUCGGUGGAAGAGUGCGCCUCGCUGUGUGUGAUGGAUGCGCUAUGCUUGUCGUUUGAUGUUGAGGCGGGCACGUGCUACAUUGCUCACACAGAUCGGUAUGCUUUUCCCGAUGACAUGAUGUCGCGGCCAGGCAGCACGUAUUACGAAUGGCAAGUGCCAGCGGCGUCGCCAACGUUCGAGCCCAACGGCGGAGUCUUUACGACUCUGACGUCAAUUCGAAUGUUUACCCCGACGCGUGCGGCUGCCAUGUACUAUCAAGUCCUUGCCACGAACGGGACCGUGGUUGUCGACUACUCUAGAACCAGCUCCGACAAAGCCAUCGUCCUGCCGGAGAUUCCGUGUUACGUGCAAGCCUACUCGACAAAAGUUGGCUUGGAAGACAGUCCGAUAGCAAAGUCGAAUCUGUUCGACAUCCGAGCGUCCAAGUACAUGUACUUGAUCCCAUUCUACAACGGGGACGACUUCCACGGCAAAUUGACACGCAUCAAGCUGGACGUCAAAGGAAAAAAACGACCUCGUCCGUCGCUCGUGCUCGAGUUCACCGACCUCGAUACUUACAUGGGUAUCGGGCCCUUUCCCAACCAAGUGCAGGUGCUUGACUUGACUUCGUUGGAUUCGCGACUGGCCGGUUUUUACGAUGGGUUUUCAGUUGUGACCACCACCGCGUAUGUCAAUGUGAGUUUGGAAUCGUACAAUGAUCUGUCGCGGUGGACGUUGAUCGAAGCAACGACGUACCGCGUGAAUCCGGGCAACAAGAUCUUCAACAGCAACGUCCAAAUGAACGAAGAGCACUUGUACUUGGCUCCAUUCAUAAACGGGGCGGGUUACUCCGGCUUGAUCACCAAGGUCUACCUGCGAGCGUUCGAUGGUGCCAGCCUUCCGCCGUUUUCGCCUGCAGUGCAUAGGACACUCGACUUGACGCAACUGGACCCCGACUUGACUGGGUUUGGGUCGUGCUUUACACGAAACAACUUUGGUUACUUUGUACAGCGCAAGAAUGACAACGGACUCGGGGGUAAAGUUGUCCGGGUCGACUUGUCCAAGUUCCACAAACCCCCCGCUGUGGCGGCGACCGUGCUCGACUUGGAACUGACGGAUUCGCGCCUCGUGGGAUUUGGCGGCGCCUUUGUGUACGGCAAGUACGCGUACUUGACUCCACUCGACCGCAACCGCGUCGGGUUGGAGGUGAACCCCAACUACAAAUACUUUCCCACGCCUACAUCCAGCAUCAUGGCGCGCAUCGACCUCGACGAUUUUUCCACGGUGGACAUCGUCGACUUGGCCACGCUGCACCCAAAGUUUGCCCGAGGUUACUUUGGUGGUUUUACAGUCAACGCAUUUGCGUAUUUCGUCCCGUAUAUGUGGACCGCCAACGACUUGUCUCCCGCCGUGAAUCCGUACCACGGAGUCAUCGCCCGUGUCAACUUGCUGACACUAGCGAUCGACAGCUUGGACCUCACUCUUGUCGACCCGUCCCUCAAGGGCUUCAUGCGCGGCUUUGCAUUUGGCAAGUACGCAAUCUUUGUCCCGCACAAGAAUGGGCCCCACAACGCCACUCCCCGCCGCCUGAACUCCAGUCAAAAACAGCACUUUGGCAAAAUUGUUCGCGUGAAUACAGACAUGUUCUCGCCCGACGGCGUCGAAGUUCUGGAUCUGACCAAGACCCUGCGGACGCAGAUCCCCAACAUGCCUGACGUCGAGUUGCGCGGGUUUCUCGGCGGCGGGGCGUCCGGCCAGUACGGCUUUUUUGUCCCGUAUUUCAACGGCGUCCGCUUCGCCGGAAAAGUCGUUCGAGUCAACUUGGGAACGUUCAAUAGAGUUCAAGUCCUCGACAUCACCCAAGUCGACGACACCCUCCGCGGUUUUUCUGGCGCCGUCAUGUCCGCGUUGCCAGAGCCCUUGGACACUUCGAUGUGGAACUGGACGAUUCCAGAGGGCACCCGGGCCGCAUAUACCUUUAUUCACGAAGAGAAUGCCUAGAUGCUCCCACUACACUGAAAAAUACGUCGCUAUGGAGUUGCAGGUCGCGCGGUCAUGGGCGGUGACGAAUAGGUUCGACACGAC